AAAAGAGUGGGGUGUGACACGGUUAGCGCCUAUCAGCGGGCUACCUAGCGUCCAUCACUGAAUCGAUAAGAAAUGGCCUCAUAAAAACAAGCAACCGAAGUGGUUGUGUACUUUACGUCGUCAUAUCAUCGCAAUCAUGAAUUUGAAUUACCAUAUCCCUCCCCUGUUGCGGAUAGGAACCGAUAUCUGCUAUAUUCCGAGGAUCAGGAAAAUCCUGAGGGGCAAAUUUGCUACUCCAUUCAUUCAUCGGAUCUUGCAUCCCGAAGAGAUUGAUUAUCCACCGACAGCUAACAUCUUGGGGGCCUGUAAAAAUCCUGCAGACGGCUCGAUCACGUUUAACGCCGUUGGCGAGGGCUUUAAAAGGAGCGGGGACUCCGUUAAAUUCUACCGAGCGGUGGAAUUCAUGGCCGGCAGGUUCGCUGCAAAGGAAGCGGUAACAAAGGCACACCCGCCUUUCCACUUGACUUUCAAACGGAUCCAAAUCAUACGAGAGAGUGCUUUUCUGGAUUAUAAAGAUCCGAAUUAUAUAGAUCCAAUCAAGCUAGGGCUGAAGGAGGCGAGUACAGACACAAAGAAGAAGAAGAAGAAGAAGACAGACACAGAGAAGGGGAAGAAGACGGACAAACCGAAGGAGAUGACACCGAAGGAGAUGAUAAAGAAGGAGAUGGAGGCUGAGGACGAGGAAGGUUACUACUACUUCAGGAGGCACGAAAUACAAGGCGGGGCGGUCAUAGCCGUUAUUCACUUGUUAACCGAACCAGCCGUCCUCGCCUCUGUUAGCAUCAGCCAUGACACGAAUUAUGCUUCGGCUGCCUGCAUCGCAUCGUAUAGGUUCUGAAUGAGGCCUUGAAAAGGCGUCA